AAAUGGACUCAAAAGCGUCAACAUCGUCCGGAGCACUUCGCGCACUCACCAUGGAGCUCAAAAAUCUCCAGUCUCAACCGGUUGAAGGCUUCACGAUAGACGUGAACGAGGACAAUCUCUUCGUCUGGACUGUAGGGAUCUAUGGGCCACCGAAGACGCUCUACCAGGGCGGAUACUUUAAGGCUUCCAUCAGAUUUCCGUCCAACUACCCGUACUCGCCACCGUCGAUGAAGUUCACCACGAAAGUUUGGCAUCCGAAUGUCUACGAGAACGGUGACCUCUGUAUCAGCAUCCUUCACUCGCCAAUCGACGAUCCACAAAGUGGAGAGCUCGCGUGUGAACGCUGGAACCCGACUCAAAGCGUCCGAACCAUCCUUCUCUCGGUCAUCUCACUGCUCAACGAGCCGAACACCUCGUCACCGGCCAACGUCGACGCGUCAGUGAUGUACCGUAAAUGGAAGGAGGAUCAGGACCCGGAAUACGCGAAAAUCGUCACGAAGCAGGUGGAAGAGUCGAAGAAAGUCGCACAGAAAGAUGGAAUUCAAGUGCCCGAAACGAUUGAGGAGUACUGUGUGAAAUGGGCUCCACCACAACAGGAUGAUGUCUUUGACGACAUUGAUUAUAACGACGAUUUCGGGUGUGACUAUGACGACGAUGAAGAGGAGGAGGACGAGGACGAAUGCGGCUCGGACUAUAAUGAUGAUGACGAGGAUUCGGGACAAGGAGAAAAUUAGUCAAUUUUUUUUAAUUUUCUAUAAUUUUUUCCCCAUUUUUUUUCUCAAUUUUCUCAAUUUUCCAACCUAGAAAAAUUCAAAUUCAUAUCAAAUAUACCACGAAAUCUUGGCGCUUCUUUCAAACAAAAAAUCUUCAAAAUCCGACUCAACUAGUCCUUUUCUCAAUGCAUUUAUAUGUACACUUUUGCCCUUCCCAAGCAGCUAUCAAUUCAUAUUUGUGUUAUACUCAAUAUUUUUUCGUCUGGAAACAGUUUUUUUUGUCCAAUUACACACACACACAGGCUGAUCACAGUGCACUUUCAACUAUUUUUGUUUUCUAUAAAUGAAGCCUUCUUUUUUCU